UUUCCACCGUCUCUGCCCCCCCCCCGCUCCACCACCUCGUCCUCCUCCUCCGCCGCCGCCGCCACCUCCGCCUCCGCCUCCGCCUCCUCAAUGUCCUUCCUCGAUGAAUUCCAAGCAGACCUCGAAGCGCUGCCCAACAUACUGCAGAAGAAGUACGCGCUGUUGCGCGAUCUCGACAAGAGUCUAGAGGACCUCAGAAGACAGAAUGAGCAACGUUGUGAGCAAGAAAUUGAGGAAAUUAAGCAGGGAGUUAAGUCAGGUAACACAUUCUCGGAUGAAGUGCUAGAUGAGCAAAGACAUAGCAUAAGGAUUGCCGAUGAGAAGGUCGCUUUGGCUGUCCACGCGUAUGAUUUGGUAGAUACACACAUACAACAGUUGGAUCAAUAUCUGAAAAAGUGUAAUGAGGAGCUCCGACGCGAUAAAGAGAGUGUUCCUCCGGAGGGGAUAUCUAGUUCCAGUGUUGAUGCUUCUACGAAGCCUGGCAGGGGUAGCGAAUCUGGUAGAGGAGGACGCAAGAACACUCGCCUGGCUACCCAAGCAGCAACAGAAGCCACUAAUGCAGCUUCUACAAAUCCUCCUGGUAUGGAGUUGGAUAUACCCAUAGACCCUAAUGAGCCCACGUACUGUUUUUGCAACCAAGUUAGCUUUGGAGAAAUGGUUGCGUGCGACAAUCCCGACUGCAAGAUAGAGUGGUUCCAUUAUGGCUGUGUCGGACUGAAAGAUGUGCCGAAAGGAAAAUGGUAUUGUUCGGACUGCGCAGGUCUGAAGAGUCGCAGGAAAGGACGGUGAUGAUGACAAUGUUGAAGAGCUUCUAUCCCUUGUAAUUUAGGAUUUGUACAUUCUGUUCUUUUAAAUCUUUACCUGUAGCCUGUAGCUUCGACUUUAGUUGGAUGUAAAUGAAUCCUGACCUUGUUCUCGCAUUCAAAAAAUGUUUGUCCGAGCGAUACUAGCA